CAUGUACAAAAUGCAGUAAAGAAAGUCUGAUUCGACUUCCACUUACAGCGUACCGCAAAAGGCGAAUCCUUACUUCUUUGGGGCCUUGGUGCGCUUUGGGGCCUUGGUGCGCUUUGGUGCUUUGGUUUUCUUGGGGGUUGGGGUUGGGGUUGUGGUUGUUUUGCACAUUGAUCCAACACUGUUCCAUGUGUCGCAAGCAGUGGAUCUGAUCCAGUCCAUUACCCCGCUGACGCGAGCGAAAACAGGAUUGGUACAAGUUUUACCAUGACGAAAGUUAUUCGCUCCAAACGAAGUAACACCGACUUGAAUAUCAACAAAGGAUCCGUCGCCCUGAUAGAUACGUUUCACAAGAGGACCACCCGAGUCACCGUGGCAAAUUGUUUGAUCCUUUUCAAGGUCGUAGUGAGUACAUAGCAUCGUCUUUGGAUCGAUCUGUUGUUUGACUUCUGAAGAAGUUCCAUCUCGAGCCCAGGCCUCAAACUCUUCACGAUCUUCAAUCCCUUCCGCAAGCUUUUGUAAUACUAUUUCUCGAAGAUGAAGCGGAAUAUCCUCACGCUCUUUGAGCCCUUCGGGGCCAAGAUCGAAUAGAAACAUCGCAUUAUCAAUUUCGUUUUCAAUCCGAUAUUCUAUGCAUUGUUCAGUACUAAGUGAUGUAAGAGUAACAUUUUGCAAAACUUCAGGUGUAUUACCGUCCUGGUCCGAUGAACCCAGUCCACAUGCAAGAAGCUUCGUCUCAGGUGCUGGAAAGGAUGAAUCACUAUUCAUUUCCAACUUGACAUACGACUCAUCGAUGAUGGCAGUUUCGUUGAGCUUACAGAGAGCAUAAUCAUGCAAAGCAUAGCCAUACGAAGCAAAUGGAAUGACACCAGAAUAAUCUGGGUGGCUAAUCCAUGUUUCGCAGGUUCGAACUGAUAUCUCUUCUUCACUUAACGGUGAAAAAAAAACGCGGAAAUCAUACCCUGGAUCAGGUUGGCAGUGCGAUGCGCUGAGAACCACAUCGGGCGCAAUGAGCGAGCCACCACAAAUGAUGUGCUGUAACUUUUCACCAAUUUUUUUUGUCCCAACCACCAAGACAUAAUACGGAAACUCGCCUUCUCCGGCAUCCACUCCGUUGAUAACUUUUGGGGAGGCCCACACAGGGGACACCACGGUGGCUGUUAGCACAGCGAGAAACAGGGCAUUGGUUGUUUUCAUCUUUGCUGUUGUUUGUUUGUUUGUUUGUUUGAUCUGUUCCACUUGCUUGUUUGCUACAGUUAAGGGCUUGCUAAAUCGACAAUUGAAGAUAGCUAUCGAUUGAUACCAAGUACAGUGUAAAAGAGUGAGUGGAAGUGCUUGAUUCCCAUGGUCGGUUGCUCCCAACCGUGUUUUUUCGAUAGAAUGAAAAAGAACAGUUUGCUGAGCAGCCUGCUGGAGGGAAGUUUAGGUCAAGACCGUAGGACACAGUUCAAUUUUGAACGCGGAAUCAAAACCCUUCUAUUUUGACCAAAAUGGCAAGCCAAAAACUUUCCUUGAUCCACGAUUUUCUACAGGAUUUCCUACACAGCUUUGUACUAGGAUCCAUCCAAAAGACCAAUUCCAUCGGUGGCAUCUUGCAAGAUGCUGAACAGAUGCUGGCCUGCUGGCGUGCCGCUACCGGGGCUAGUACAAUUCCUACUUAGGCCUACUGCGGUAACGUACGGAAUGUUAACACUAACAUUCGGAAUGUUAGCGCUAACAUUCGGAACGUUAAAUUAACGUUCCGAACCUCUUAAUUAACGAAAGUUCAUUUGUUAUUUUACGCGUACGGUAGUAGCUGCUGUUCAGUACUUGAAGUAAGAGGACCUCCGUUCCGUCAAGCUUCUGCAAGACGGACGGACGGCACUCACGUGGAAGCACUCCAGUGCAGUUUUACUUCGUAUUGUAUUUGGUAGUAUUUCAAAACUUGCUACAGUACCGUACCGUACUACUCGUACUCGUACCGGUUUUUGUUUCGAGUGAGAAAAUGGGAAACCUUCAUACUAUACUAUUAGGUAAGAUACAUAUUUUCCAUAUUACAUUAACAUACCAUAGAGUUUGAAAUUUUUUCCACAGAAAGAUCGAAGAUUUUUGGAUCACGCUCGAUGCGUGUUUUCUGUUUUCUACUCCAUGCACUGAACCAAACACGCCGUAGUCGUACUACCCUACGUAGAAAACAAGCUGAGAGUGUUUGCGUCUACCAGGUACGUACGAGUACGGUACCGUACGUACUCGUACUUUCUCAUUCGUUUUCUCUGCAUCAGAACAAGAAAAAAGGAAAAGCUCGUACCGGUACCGCAUCAUCCCCGACGAAGACGAAAAUUACCGUCUGUUCAAAUAUGAAUUACUAUAUUGUUGUCGGUGAUCGGUGAUUUUUCGAUACGUUAGGAACACUACGACACAACCACCACGCCUUUCGUUCCCCACUUUGACCGGAACUUGUUAGCAGAAGAGACCGACUGCCACCAUGGCGCCGUUCCGACCGAUACCGGCGUCGGCAUUGCUGGUCUUGGCCUUGGCGAUCCGACACACGGGUACCCGACGCAUCUCCGCCGACGCCUUUGCUCCCAAGCAUUUGCACGGACGCGCGGACGGGUGCAUUUCGUCCAACCGGCACUCCCACCCGGUGCCGUCUCUUUCUGCCCACCGUUGCGGGACCGAGCCGAGCACAAAAAGCGCGAAUCCGGAUGGAAACAACGCCACCCCGAGUUCGAUUCGACGGCAAAUGCUGCGGGCCAUGCUGGCGGCUUCGGCGGGAUCCACCCUCGGCGCCCCGCCCGCGACCGCUGCCGCUCCAGCACUCGAAGCAGCUCCGUCGCCCCCGGCGGGUUUUCCCGAUUGGUCCGGGAUAAAGGUGGUGGUCCCCCCUUCCGACGAUCGCGAUUACCGGGUGAAGGUCCUUUCCAACGGGCUGCGGGUGGUCCUGUGCUCCGACCCCUCCUCGAACGAGGCGGGGGCGGCGAUGGACGUCCACGUCGGUGCGUGUUCCGAUCCCCUCGAAAUCCCCGGGCUCGCUCACUUCAAUGAGCACAUGCUGUUCCUGGGUACCAAGGAGUAUCCCAACGAGAAUUCCUUCGAAGAAUUCCUCUCUGCCAACGGCGGUUCCUCCAACGCCUACACGGCCUCGGAAAACACGUGCUACUACUUCACGCUCCAGGCGGAGGUCGACCAAACGCUGACGGAGGGGCUCAAGCGCUUCGGCUCGUUCUUCACAUCCCCCCUCUUCACCGCAGCGGCGACGGGGAGGGAGCUGAACGCCAUCGAGAGCGAAAACAACAAAAACCUGCAGACCGACAGUUUUCGGGUGUACCAGAUCAACAAGGAGCGGCAGAACCGGGACCAUCCGCACUCCAAGUUCUUUACCGGCAACAAGAAGACGCUGCUGGACGAUACCAAAAAGAAGGGCAUCGAUCUCCGGCAGUCGCUCAUCGAAUUCUACGAAACCCACUAUAGUGCCGACCAGAUGACCCUGGCCGUGGUCGGGCCCCAGUCGCUCGAUGCGCUCGGUCGAAUGGCGGAGGAGGCCUUCUCGGGCAUCCCGAACCGGAACGCGGGUGCCCCCGAAAAAGAGUGGAUGGGUGUCGUCCCGCCCUAUGAUCCAUCGAACAGCGUGAUCCCGUCCUUCGGGAACGUCGUCAAGAUCGUUCCGGUCCAGGAUCUGAGGCAGCUCAGCAUAUCGUGGCCGAUCACCUACAGAGACGAACAGGAACGCCAGGACGCUCUGCUGACGAAGCAGGGGCAGUACGUGGGGCACAUUUUGGGGCACGAGGGUCCCGGAUCGCUUCUUUCGUACCUCAAGGGCAAGGGAUGGGUCAACUCGUUGUCGGCCGGUGGCGGAGAAGAACUGUCGGACUUUGAGACCUUCGAUGUCACGGCCACGCUCACGAAAUCGGGGCUGGAGAAGGUCGACCAGGUGAUAGAAUCCAUUUAUUCCACCAUAGGCAUGGUCCGGAACCGAGCGGUGCCGAGCUACAUUUUCAACGAGGUCCUACAGCUGGAGGAACUCGGAUGGAGGUUCUCGUCCAAGGGCCCCGUAGGCAACUACGUCCAGUCGCUGUCGACGUCGCUCCAGGACUACCCCCCUUCGCUGUGCGUUGCCGGUCCGCGCAGGCUUGCGCUGCGCACACAGGAUGCCUCGUCGACAAAGCUCCUGGCGUCCAACGCGGCCAGGGUCUCCUUCGGGUCGGAGGCGGAGCUCGAUGUCACCAAGAAACUCGCUUCGGACUUUGUCGACAACCUCGCGGUGGACAAUGCCAUGUACACGAUCAUUUCGAAAUCGUACAAGGGGCAAACCAACCAAAAGGAAAAGUGGUACGGAACCGAUUACAGGGUGGACCCCGUCGCGCUCUCAACCACGCUCCAAUGGAAAAACCCCACCAGCGUCGACGGUCUCGGGAUCACCUUUCCGAGGAAAAACGUUUUCAUCCCGUCGGAGAAGGGCCUGAAAGUCAGAUUGCCCCCUAAAGCGAACGCGGCAAAGGCACCCCGGACCUUCGAGGACCGAAUGGAGCCCGUGCCCCCACCCACAGUCAUCCGCGACGAUGGACCCAACGGUCGCUGGACGGUGUACUACAAGCCCGACGAUAGGUUCGGCCAGCCCAAGGCCUUUGUCAUCUUCGAGCUUCUUACCAAGGAGGUCUAUUCGUCGGCCAAGGCCGCGGCCCUCUCCAGCAUGUACGAGGUCUGUGUUUCGGACCACCUCACUGAAUACGCCUACGACGCGGGGCUCGCCGGCCUCACCUACGACGUGCGGGUGAUUCCGCGGGGGGUCCGUCUCACUUUUGGUGGAUACAACGACAAGCUGGAGGAUUUCGCCAAGUACGUUUCGAAACAGAUCACGGCCGACAUGAAGAACAUACUGCCCAAGGACGAGGCCGAGUUUGAUCGCUACAAGGAUCUCCAGAUCCGGAGUUUCGAAGUAAGUAUGCGAUACGAUGCACAAUCGCAUCAUUGAAACUGGCACGAAUUCCACUGUUUUAUUCGUUUGACGGGUGACCCAUCUCACAAUGUUCUUUCCCAUCGAUCCAUGCUAUUUCAUCCAACAAUUCAAUACUUUCCUAGGGAUUCAAUGCAAAACAGGUACGGCAUUUACCCGAGUUCUUUUCUUGACCUAGAUGUGAUCUCGUAUUCUGCUGUGUUCACUUUUUCUUACGAUUGCUUUGUCUAUCCCACAUUGGUGAAUCUUGGUUUUCAGCCCUAUGCACACUGUUCUUACUAUACAACGCUGUUGAUGAAGCCUUCCGGUUUUGAAUACGAUAACCAGGAACUACUGGCCGCAACAGAUGAAUUGACCCUAUCAGACCUCAAGUCCUACGUCAGUUCAGUUUGGUCUUCCGGAAAGGGACUAGCUCUGGUUCAAGGGAACCUCGACGAAAAACAGGCACAAGCACUGGUUUCAUCCAUCGACAAGACACUCGGAUUCAAACCAAUUUCUGUCGAGGAAUAUCCACCCGAGUUGGCGCCGCUGCCGCUGCCAGAAAGUUUUUCGAGCACAAAGGGGACUCGGUUGGUAAUUUCAGGUAAGCCAUGGGUCGAAUUGAACUCAUAUUUGUCAUAGCUCUAUCAGCAACUGUUCCUUACCAUCUUUGUUGCAAUUACACAACGGAAUGGAUGACUUUCGGAUCCGCCAGAACCCAACGCCGAGAACGGAAAUGCCGCGUCGUACGUUUCCAUUCAGGGACUCUCGGAAACACCGAAAGAACACGUGCUGAUGGAACUCGUCGGUGCUAUCGUCGGGGAACGAUUCUAUGACGAGCUCCGUACCCGUCAGCAGCUCGGAUACAUCGUCUCGUCUGGUGUCCGAGCGUUAGGAAAGACGAAAUCGCUGGGCUUCAUCGUACAAUCGAGCUCGGCGAAGAACGAAAAGCUGACGAACGAAAUCCUCAAGUACCUGGACAACAUCCGCCCUGCGUACCUUGACAAGUUAAACGAAGGUGAUUUCGCCGUGUACGUGAAGUCGCUGAUCGAUCGAAAAACCGAGCCCGACAAGCAGCUCGCUACGGAAACCACUAGGAACUGGGCCGAGAUCUCGAGCGGGCGAAUGCAGUUCGAUCGGCCACAGAAGGAAGUGGCUGCGCUCCUGGACCUUACGAAGGACGAUCUGUUGGAAUUCUGGGACAGGGUAUACGUAAAUGAUGGACGCCGCGUCUUGAUCACGGAAAUGGUCCCUCAGGUUGGUCCUUCUGCCGUUGCCAAACCACCAGUCUCGACAGGGUACACAGCUUCGAAGGACACGAAAACUGGUGUCGUCCUGGGCGUCGGCGACAUUGCCAGCUAUCGCAGUGACCGUUCUAAGCUUCUUUCGUAAAACGGAUUCAGGAAUCGUCUCCUCAUUUUAGUAAACUAAUUGUUUUCUC